AUGGCACGCCUGACUAGAGGAUGGUACAAACCUCUUGCUCGCGCUUCCUUCGAGGAAAAUGAAGAGGUUGAGCUGGCAAGGUUUGAAUCCUCGGGCUUUUAUUCCAGACCCCCUGGUAUCUUCCCAAUCCAGUAUCCCCUGCUCUGGGUCACAGGAGGGGUGAGUCGAAGGAUAAGGCGUCGCAUCUUUAGAUCCCUCUUGACAGUGCGUGGGGUUAUCACUUUCCUGAUCUGCACCCUUCUGGGUCUCAUCACCUUCACCUUUGCCUUUUGGCCCUCAUACACCCAUUUGCCGCCCCAUUAUCGUGCGCUACAGGCAGCUGUGCAACAAUCCACCACCCCCGGCCGAGGCAAUCCAUACAAUUCAACCAUCUUUAUUGCCGUCAGUCUAUAUGAUAAACUCGGUGUCCUUGCUGGAGGCUCCUGGGGCCAAAGCCUCUUAGAUCUGAUUGACAUGCUGGGACCAGACCGGGUCCAUCUGAGUUUUCCUACCGUCACCCUGCCGGAUGGGUCGACGCACGUUCGACGCGUCGCUUAUCUGGCCGAGGUGCGCAACCGGGCGUUGCGGCCCCUGCAACAGCAACCGCAUCGCUUCGAUCGCCUGCUCUUCUUGAAUGAUGUCUACUUUAAUCCCGUCGACGCCCUGCAGCUUCUCUUUUCUAUGCAUUCCCAUGACGGAGAUGGGCCCGACUACCGCGCGGCGUGUGCGGUCGACUUCAUCAACCCAUUCAAGUUCUAUGAUACCUUUGCGUCUCGCGACCUUGAAGGCUACAGCAUGGGCAUUCCAUUUCAUCCAUGGUUCACUACCGCCGGUAAGGCGCACAGUCGCCACUAUGUCUUGCUCGGCACCGAUGCCGUCCGGGUUCGCAGUUGCUGGGGUGGCAUGGUGGCUUUUGACGCUGCAUUCUUCCAGCAUGACGGCUCCACAAAUUCACUCUUGUCCCACCACCGCGGACGCCAUACGCCGGUCCAGUUCCGCGGCGAAGAGGAUCUCUUCUGGGAGGCAUCCGAAUGUUGCUUGAUUCAUGCGGAUAUCCAGCGUCUACCUUCUAUUCCAGCAGAAGAAGAAGAGGAUACUGGAAUAUAUAUGAACCCGUUUGUUCGCGUGGCCUAUGAUCCACGAUCGUUAAGCUGGCUUGCAAUUACCCGGCGAGUAGAGAGGUUGUAUUCGCCCAUUCAUGGACUCCUCAGCCGCGUGGUCGGCCUUCCCAUUCACAACCCGCGUCGAAUCGAGAUCCCGGGCCGUGAAUCGCAGGAGCUGGUCUGGGAUGAUAAUCAGGGCGAGUUCGCCAAGGUGACGCGGGCUGCCAGACCUGGUGGCUUUUGUGGCCGGUGGGACCUGCAGCUUCUUAAACCCCGGAAGGAAGAUGGAGAAGGAGGUUGGGCGUCUGUCCCGGUUCCGGCCCGGAGUAUGGCUGAAGGGGCGUAG